CUCUGGCCCAAGAUGGCGGCGCUCAGAGCGUCGCUGUUGCUUCUGUGCUGAAGUGAGUUGAGAACAGGAUCCUCGCAUCAUGUCGAAGCUAAGCCGGGCCACUCGGGCCCUCAGGAAGCCCGAGGCCGGCGGCGUGAUCCGGACCAUUUUGCGGGCGGGCCAGGCUAUGCCCGGGCCCCCACUAGGCCCCAUCCUGGGUCAGCGAGGCGUUUCCAUCAACCAGUUCUGCAAGGAGUUCAACGAGAAGACAAAGGACAUCAAAGAAGGCAUCCCUCUGCCUACCAAGAUUUUUGUGAAGCCUGACAGGACAUUUGAAAUUAAGGUUGGACAACCCACUGUUUCCUACUUCCUGAAGGCAGCUGCUGGGAUUGAGAAGGGGGCCCGGCACACAGGGAAAGAGGUGGCAGGCCUGGUGACCUUGAAGCACGUGUAUGAGAUUGCCCGCGUCAAAGCUCAGGAUGAUGCCUUUGCCCUACAGGAUGUGCCUCUGUCCUCUGUGGUCCGCUCCGUCAUUGGCUCUGCUCGUUCCCUGGGCAUCCGAGUGUUGAAGGACCUCAGUUCGGAGGAGCUGGCAGCUUUCCAGAAGGAGCGCGCCGCAUUCCUGGCUGCUCAGAAAGAGGCAGAUUUGGCAGCCCAGGAAGAAGCUGUCAAGAAGUGACCUCAUCCCCUACAUCCCGGAUUUGGAAGGGAGCCACUGGGCUGGAUGCCAAUUGGGAAGGCUGUGCCAGUGGGUGGGAGGGAGGGAAGUCACACCAAGCUUGACUACAAUUUCCCUGAUUUGAAAUAUAUAUUGCUACAUGUAUGGAUGGAUCCAAGGAUCCAGCCUGAAUAAACGUCCUUUGUCACCCAUGCUGGCCUCUUGUCU